CAGUCGGCGGAGCAGCGCGGGCAGCCCGAGAGGAGCGCGUGUGGGGCGGUAGCUGCCUGAGGGGACAUGGGUUCGAGCCCUGGUCCGGGAAGAUCCCACAUGCUGCAGAGCAGCUAAGCCUGUGCGCCACAACUACUGAGCCUGCGCUCUAGAGCCUGUGAGCCACAACUACUGAGCCCACGUGCCACAACUACUGAAGCCCGCACACCUAGAGCCCGUGCUCCACAACAAGAGAAGCCGCUGCAAUGAGAAGCCCGCACACCGCAGCGAAGAGUAGCCCCCGCUCGCCGCAACUAGAGGAAGCCCGCGCACAGCAACGAAGUCCCAGUGCAGCCAAAAAUAAAUAAAAUAAAUUUUAAAAAAACUAAAAAAAAAAAAGUGCUAAGAAAAUUACAUAAAGGGACCAAGUAUAAUAAUAAUUGUGAGAUGGGGACUGAGAACAAGGAGGUAAUUCCCAAGGAAGAAAUUUCUGAAGAAUCUGAACCACAUGGGGCAAUACUAGAAAAACUUCCAAAGGUGGUUUAUCAGGGUCACGAGUUUGGAGCAGCAUGUGAAGAAGACAUAUUGGAGGAGCAUUCCAGAGAGUCCACAGAAGAGAUUCUGGAGCAGGUGUCCCAUGAGGAGAGAGACUUUGCAUCAGGGUUGAUUAUCUUUAAGAAAUCACCCUCAAGUGAGAAAGACCAUGAGAAUAAUGAAAGUGAGCGAGUCUACAGUCCUAGCUCAAACCUGAUCACAUAUCAGGGAGAUACUACGGCAGAGGCAGUUAGCACCUUUGCUGCUUCUGGCCAAAACUUCAUAGAGAAUUUAGGACCUAAUAAAACACAUAGAAAUUGUCUGGGAGAAAAGCCUCAUACAUGUAAAGAAUGUGGGAAAGCCUUUAAUCAGAACUCACAUCUUAUUCAGCAUAUGAGAGUUCAUAGUGGAGAGAAACCCUUUGAAUGCAAAGAAUGUGGAAAAACAUUUGGAACUAACUCAAGCCUUCGAAGGCACCUGAGAAUUCAUGCUGGAGAGAAGCCCUUUGCUUGUAAUGAAUGUGGAAAGGCCUUCAUUCAGAGUUCACAUCUCAUCCACCAUCACAGAAUUCACACUGGAGAGAGACCUUAUAAAUGUGAAGAAUGUGGUAAAGCCUUCAGUCAGAAUUCAGCCCUUAUUCUACAUCAGAGAAUCCACACUGGGGAGAAACCAUAUGAAUGUAAUGAAUGUGGGAAGACCUUUAGGGUUAGCUCACAGCUUAUUCAGCAUCAGAGAAUUCAUACUGAAGAAAGAUAUCAUGAAUGCAGUGAGUGUGGCAAAGCAUUCAAGCAUAGCUCAGGCCUCAUUAGACACCAGAAAAUUCAUACUGGAGAAAAACCCUAUCUGUGUAAUGAAUGUGGGAAAGGCUUUGGUCAGAGUUCUGAGCUCAUCCGGCAUCAAAGAAUUCAUACAGGAGACAAACCGUAUGAAUGUAAUGAAUGUGGGAAAACUUUUGGCCAGAACUCAGAGAUUAUUAGACAUAUUAGAAUUCAUACUGGUGAGAAGCCCUACGUAUGUAAGGAAUGCGGGAAGGCCUUUAGGGGAAACUCAGAACUUCUUAGACAUGAGAGAAUUCACACUGGAGAGAAACCCUAUGAAUGCUUUGAGUGUGGAAAGGCUUUUAGGCGGACCUCUCACCUUAUUGUCCACCAGAGAAUUCAUACUGGAGAGAAACCUCAUCAGUGUAAUGAAUGUGCCAGAACCUUUUGGGAUAACUCUGAGCUGCUUCUCCACCAGAAAAUUCACAUUGGAGAGAAACCUUAUGAAUGUAAUGAGUGUGAAAAAACAUUCAGCCAGCAUUCCCAACUUAUCAUACAUCAGAGAAUUCACACUGGAGAGAAGCCUUACGAGUGCCAAGAAUGUCAGAAGACCUUUAGUCGGAGUUCUCACCUCCUCCGACAUCAAAGUGUUCACUGUAUGGAAUGAUCUGCAAAGCAUGAAAGCCUCCUGUGGAAAAGCUGAAGUCAGACUUAUUGUUCUCAGUCUGUACCCCAAGUUCUCAGAUCAAAUGAAUGGACAGAACCUCCUCUGUCCUCUUACUGAUUUUUAUUUAAACAGUUGGUCAAAAAGGAUGAGGCACUUUUAUGAACUAUUCAUUGAGAAGUUUCAGUUUACUGAGUUAAAUCAUAAAAGCUGUUUCAGGCCUUAAUUCUCCACUAUCCCUUUUUCCUUUCCUUCCUCCUUCCCCACUAGUGGGUCACAUAACGUUAGGGGUCGUUACUGGCCAUCUAGCCCAAAUUGUUACUGUUCAGGAAACAUGGAGGAACAUGAUUCCACCACUUCCUAGGAAUGACAGAGUUGACCCCCCUCGAAUAUUAUCCCCUGAAAUGUUAAAGUCAUGGCCUGGAAGA